AUGCCCGAUGGGAAGAUGGGAACGAUUUCUCGUAAAAUCACAUCUGCCAAUCAGCAUUUAUUGUAUUUGGUACGAGAGGAGCGGGCGUGUUCUCAGGACUCUGUCAGGCAUUUAACCUUAGCGUUCAAAGUUUUGCAACAACGAGAAAAAUGGUUAAACCACUUUGAAUUAGCUCGGAGUAACGUCAUACCGGAACAAGUAGAAGGAACCGGUCACAAAGUGCACUACAAGAGUUUCAAAGUAGACGUGCCUUACAAAUGUACUGUAUGUGAGAAGUUCAUGAAAGGACUGUUUUUCCAGGGCUAUAAGUGCGAAAGUAAGUUUAUUAGAUAG